AUGGCGGAGCCGGGCAGGCUGGUGGGCCAGGCAGCUGCCAGCGCCGAACCAGACGAUAUAGACGCCGACGGGGAGUAUGAGAUGGACGAUGUGCAAUACGAGCAGGAACCUGCUGCGGCUGAGACACCACACGCCGACGGCCACACCACCGACGCCGAAGGCUCAGAGGUGGAUGCCGAGGGCGACGAGGUCGAUGACGACGAGGUCGAAGCUGUGGGCGCCGUCAAGAUUGCAACACGGACAAACGCAUCUUCUGACGAAGAGGAGGACGACGAUAAUGACCAAGACGCCGUUGGGGAGUCUGAAUCAGACGCCAAGACCUACAGCGAUGAUGACGAAUCAGGAAGCUCUGAGGAGGAAGAAGAAGAGGCUCCCUGGCAGGCCGAGAGUGAAGAAGAAGCAGAGGCCGAAGUUGCCAUCAGCGACCCCAACGUGUGCAUAUACUGCAACCAGACCGAAGAGAACGACCCGAGUCCAGAAUACGAAGAGUAUCUCUCCUGCGUUGUGUGCGGCGAUAACUCACAUCGGCAAUGCGCCCGCGACGCUAACACGCUUAGCCCCGAAGAUGAUGCGAAACAGUGGCGUUGCAGUGCCUGCAUUCAAAACGAUCUUCACAUUGAAAAUGAAGAGGAUGAAGAGAAACGCAAAAGCUCAGAAACACUCACACGACGUAGGCUGUCGUCCGUACCUAGGCUAGCUAGAGACUUGCUCCCAUCGGCUCGUGGUGUAGAUCCAAGCAAGCACUCUAUUUUCAAAGAGCUGAUUCUUCCUGAUGAUGCUCCAGAAGGCACACGGUCGCUACGAAAACGCAAAGCCUCGCAUGAAGAAGAAGUGGCGGCACCUGCGCCAGUACGGCAGUCGCGCAAGAAGCGUAGGCCCUCUGAGGUCUCGAAGUCGGAAGCAGCACCGUCAGUUGCACCAUCUUCUCCAAGACCAUCAGCAAAGAACGUCUUGACAGAUGUUGACGACACCGAUGGUGAUGCACAAAAUAGUGCCUCAGAUCAGGAAGGAGCACGUCUCCGAUCAUCACGCGCACGUCGCUCUGCAAAGCCCCAGAGAAAGGACAAGAGACCCCUCGUAUGGAUAGAGGAGUCCCAAGGCCUUAGUCUCAUUGUCGCUUUUCACCUGGCUAAUGAAAAAGUGCAGAAGAUUGUCACGCAGAAGCCGAAGAAGAAAGUCUUGACACUGGAGCAAGAACGACAAGAGCGGCGACGAGAGCGAGACAGAGAACGACGCGAACGUAAUCGACGAGCGGCACAGGCAGCUAGAGAGUCACCUGAAGUUGCUCAGUACCCUUCAGUCCAACACCACUUCACUGCGCCGUUCUUGGGCUUCACAGAGAAGGAGGACGAGACAAAGAGCAAGCCGUACGGCGGCGUUCUGUCGGAAGCUGACGCGGAUACCUCCAAGACUUACCCCUCCCAAGCGGACAGAAAGCGCUUCGAGGACGCACGUGUAAAAGCCGAGGAAGCCUGGAAAGAGAAACAGACUGCACUGUACGCUCAUCACGAAACUCCUAAGCCGUCCAAGCAAGCUGCUGCUGCGAGUAAAAUCAAGUGUGUCAAUUUUGGAGGGUGGGAGAUUGAGACCUGGCACGCUGCCCCUUACCCCGAGGAAUACAGUAAAAACCGUGUUUUAUACAUCUGCGAGUUCUGCCUCAAGUACAUGAACUCGGACUAUGUCGCAUGGCGGCACAAGCUCAAAUGUCCGGCUAAGCACCCCCCUGGCGACGAGAUCUACCGCGACGGCAAAUACUCCUUCUUCGAGGUCGACGGCCGCAAGAACCCCGUCUACUGUCAGAACCUCUGUCUACUCGCCAAGUUGUUCUUGGGCUCCAAGACCCUCUACUACGAUGUAGAACCCUUCUUGUUCUAUGUUAUGACUGAGAACGAUAACUACGGAUGUCAUUUUGUAGGCUACUUCUCAAAAGAGAAGCGCCCAAGCUCGCUCAAUAACGUGUCCUGUAUUCUUGUGCUGCCCAUCCAUAUGCGCAAGGGUUACGGACAGUACCUAAUUGAGUUUUCCUACCUGCUGACCCGCGUGGAGAGGAAAACUGGUAGCCCGGAGAAACCACUCAGCGACAUGGGUCUUGUAAGUUACCGCAAGUACUGGCGGUUGCUGCUCUGCGAGGAGCUCCUUGAGCAAAAAGGUCCCAUAAGUGUCGCAGCCAUAUCUGAGCGCACAGGCAUGACACCGGACGAUAUCGUUUCGGCUCUGGAAGGUCUGCGUGCCCUUGUACGUGACCCUGUCACAAAGAAGUACGCAUUCCGGCUAGAUCUCAAUUACUUCAGACAGUAUAUUGAGAAGUGCCACGAAGCCGGUAAUCCAACUGUUAAACCAGAGUGCCUUGUCUGGACGCCGUACGUUAUGGGGCGAUUCGGUCAGUACGAGGAUGGGCCGGCAUUACAGACAGUCCAGCAACGUGACGAAAUCGACGAGGACGAGAAGGCUGCGCCCGAGGAGGGCGUGCAGAUGGAUGCCAUCGUUGCGAAAGCGAACGGUACAUCACUUGAGGAGACCGGUCCCACUGCAGACGAACCUGAUCUAGGGCCUGACAUCCCUCGCGAAGAUUCUGUUGACGAUGAUUCCCCCGCACCACCAAGCACAGGCACUCCACUUGCAAAUGGAUCCAUGAUAGCACUCGCGGGAUCUCAGAUCGCCAGUAACGAGCCUGCGAUCCCACCUACGCGCUACGAGAUCUUCCCGCCCGUUCCCGGACAGCCUGCCACAAAGCGCCGACCUGGACGUCCUUUUGGUGCAAGACGCCGAACAAGUACACCGAAUAGAGUACGCAACCCUUCGCUAUCAAUACACACUGCGCCUGUCUCGAGGAUUCAGCUGUCUCCAAUACGCUCACGGAGAGAUUCGCCUACACGAAAUGGUGCAAAAACGCCCGGCACUGUAUCUGUCCGACGCACACGAAGCAGGCUUGGCGAGAGCGUCACAAAUGGUGAUGAUCUAGAGGAAGGUGGCGCUGUCAAGGCAGUAAUCACAAAUGGCAGGAGAAGUACAAGAAGCUCGGCCAGUUCUGGGGGCAGUCCCCGAGUCGUCAUCAACAACGAUAGCAGGAGCAAGGGCAAGGGUAAGGUGAUGCCAGUUGAAGAAGAACGGGAGGAGCUCGAAGACAUAGAUGCGGACGGCGACUAUGAUGACGAAGCUGAAGAAGAGAUGGACGUUGAUGCGGAGGGUGAGGAAGAUGACGAUAUUGUCAUGGCGGAGACAUAG